ACGAGGCGGAGAGUGUCCAGAAGAAGCAGGUGCGUGAGCAGCAGCAGGAAGAGGAGGAGCCUGGAGCUGCAGAUCCUGGCCCUUCUGAGCCGCAGCAGGACGGGGGCUCAGGCUCGCCGCUGCCUCCUGGGGGUUCGGAGGAAGAACAGCAGCUGAAACCACGGCAGCGCACCUCGGCUGGGCGUGGCCUCUCCCGCCUUUUCUCCUCCUUCCUGAAACGCCGCUCCCAGUGCUCAGAGGGAGAGGGGUCCGAUGCGGAGCGGGCGCAGGAGAAGGAAGGUCAGGACAACCCCAAAGCCCCCAUCGCAGACCCUGAACCUGAGCUGCGCAUCGAGGGAGAUGCAGCAGUAGACCAGCAUUCUAUCAGCAGCGCAGAGAACCAGCAGGUCACAGUGGAGCCAAAAGAGAACAAAGAGGGUGAGAAAGGAAAGGGGGAGAAAGGGGAGAAGAAGGAAAAGAAGGAGAAGAAAGAAAAGAUAGAGAAGAAGGAGAAGGCAGAAAAGACGGAGAAGACCGAGAAGACGGAGAAGAAGGAAAAAACGGAAAAGAAAGAAAAAGCGGAGAAGAAGGAAAAAACAGAAAAGAAGGAAAAAACGGAGAAAAAGGAAAAGAAAGACAAGAAGAACAAGGGCAAAAAAGAGGAAGGAGAGAAAGAGAAGGCGCGUGAGAAAGAAGAAGAAAAAGAGACAGAAGAGCCAAAGCUUGAGGAGGAGGCAGCUACAGCAGAAGAAGGGAAGAAAGAAGAAGAAGAAGAGGAGCAGGCAGAGGGGGAAGGAGGAAAAGAGGCGGAGCAGACCACCGAGGAGGAAGCGAAAGCCCCCAAAGGUCCGCGCCGACCCAAGAUCAUGCAGUGCAAAGUCACACUGCUGGAUGACACUCUGUUUGAGUGUGAACUAGAGAAACACGCCAAGGGCCAGGAGCUGUUUGCGAAAGUGUGUGAUCACCUAAAUCUGCUGGAGAAGGACUACUAUGGCCUUGCCAUAUGGGAGACGCCAGCUGUUAAGACGUGGCUUGACUUCACAAAGGAGAUCAGACGACAAGUGCAAGGAACCACCUAUGAGUUCACCUUCAAUGUGAAGUUUUAUCCACCGGAUCCAGCCCAGUUAUCAGAGGACAUCACCAGGUACUACCUCUGUCUGCAGCUACGCAAGGACAUCCUGAGUGGUCGACUACCCUGCUCUUUUGUUACCUUAGCCUUACUGGGCUCAUAUGCGCUGCAGUCUGAACUGGGAGAAUAUGAUCCAGAGGUCCACGGCACAGAAUAUGCCAAAGACCUCAAGCUCAUCCCUAACCAGACCAAGGAACUUGAGGACAAAGUAAUGGAGCUCCAUCGCACAUACAGAUCAAUGAGUCCAGCUCAAGCAGACAUGAUGUUCCUGGAGAAUGCCAAGAAGCUGUCUAUGUAUGGAGUAGACCUCCACCAUGCUAAGGAUCUGGACGGGGUGGAUAUCAUGCUGGGCGUCUGCUCCAGCGGUCUAAUGGUGUAUAAAGACAAGCUGAGGAUCAACCGUUUCCCAUGGCCUAAAGUGCUUAAAGUCUCAUACAAACGCAGCAGCUUUUUCAUCAAGAUACGUCCCUCUGAGCUGGAACAUUAUGAGAGUGCCAUUGGCUUCAAGCUGCCCAAUUACAAAGCCUCUAAGAAGCUUUGGAAAGUAUGUGUGGAGCACCACACUUUUUUCAGGUUGACCUCUACUGAAGCUGCCACGACUCCUAGAAAGUUUUUGGCUCUGGGGUCGAAGUUCCGCUACAGUGGCCGUACUCAAGCCCAGACUCGCCAGGCCAGCUCCAUGAUCGACCGUCCCGCGCCGCACUUCCAGCGCUCUGCAAGUAAGAGGGCAUCACGCAGCUUAGAUGGAGCAGUGGUAUCCACCCCGGAUAAAACGGCACGCCCGGUCAGCGCUCCCGUUAUGUCUCCCAUAUCCCCUGGUGACGCAUCUCCGUCCCUCGUGGCGACCGCAGCAGCACAGGUGGAGCGCAAACAGACGACCACACCCACCAGCCGACCUGCACGCUCGGGUGAGAAGAAGGGAGAGGUAAAGACAGAGGGCCAUCUGACCGAGGCCUCCAAAACACAGAGUUCCAAACCUGAGGGCACACCUGAGAUCAAGACAGUUGGCCGGCGUGAAAGGCGGCAUCGUAAUGCCCCUGCAGUGACAGCAACUAAUGGGGAGAGAAAGAGUCAGUCUCCGCGAGCAGACACGGAGGUGGUGCGAAUGCGGAAGAAAAGAGCUAAGAAACUUGAGGGUGAAACAAUUUAUAUCAGGCAUAGCAAUUUAAUGUUGGAGGAUCUGGAUAAGACUCAGUCUGAAAUCAUGCGUCACCACAGCAGCAUCAGUGAGCUGAAGCGCAGCUUUAUGGAAUCCGUCCCAGAGCCGCGGCCCAGCGAGUGGGACAAGCGCCUGUCCACACACUCACCUUUCCGUACGGCCAGCAUCAACGGCCAGCUGCAGCCCGAUUCGGUGCAGACGCCCACUCUCCCAUGUGUACGAGGAGUAGUGGGUGGUGUGUCAGAGAAGAUUUGUCCAGGCUCUCAGUCGUAUCCUAUUCACCUUCCCCCCUCUGUAUCCCCAAGUCCACCUCAAUUCCACCCUCCAGUCACUGGGGUGGGCAGUUACACCCAGAGAGCGUCUCACCCUCGGCCUUCACGACCGUCAUCAGCAGAGGCUUAUUUCACCAUGUACCAGUCUCAGACUUGAUGCCCUGCAGAUGCAGAAGACACAUUCUGAAAAAAAAAAAAAUUAUUAAUUCAGUUGACCUGAUUGCGAUAUGUGCAUAGUUCCACAUUCCACGUAAAUACAAUUUCAGAAAGAUUAUUAUUUAUAUAUAAUCCUAGGGCCCUAUCUUACACCCUGCGCAGCGCGCGUCAUGAUGCUCAUUGCUAUCUUACUCCCUGUCAACAGUCUGUUUUCACACCUUGCAUCUGCGUCAUUUAAAUCGCAACAGAGUUUAUAUAUAUAUAUCUAUGCCUAUGGGUGUGUUGGUCUGGAAGUGAGGUGUCUUCAGGUAAAUUUUUGGUGUAUUGCUAUCUUGGCCUCAAAAAAACGCAGGUGCUCCACUGACUGAUUGAAACUAAUACUACAGUCAGUUGUCAGAAGUUCAUUGUUUUCUUGGCUAUGCAGGUGCGCUGUGCUCACACGUACGCCUCCACUUAUUAAAGACAAAUUUUACAUUGAAAAUAAAGUGAAUACACAAUAAAAUAACAUUGCUUUACAGCGUGACUCGCAUAAGCGCACCUUGCUCUUAAAGGGAGUGACAAGGGACACGUUGACUUGUUUAUUUGACAUAAUGCCCAAAACACAUGCUUUUUUUUUUUGUUUAGAGCCACACAAAGUGUACUUUUCCCGUCGUUACAAUAGUAAGGACACACUCACACGCCCUAAUUCAAACUAAAAUAGGGUCCCUAGUGUUUAACAGUUGUUAUAUACAACAAUGUUAGUUAACAUCUAGGAAGCUAGAAAGAGGGUCUAGUUGUAGCACAUGCUUUAAAAAUCUGAUAAAAUGAUACAAACGAAAAUUGUUUGUUUUACAGAUUGUUGGACCGUAUACAUUUUCCAACCUUAACACACACAAAUGUUUUACAAUUAAUAAAAGUUUGACUAAUUAUUAUUAUUAUUGCGAAAUAUUUUAAGAGUAAACACAGCUGCUAGCUAAUCAAAUAUAAAAUGCAAUGUUCUUUAACUCCUAAAUAUACAUUGUCUUACACAACAUAAUUUAUUAAACAAUAAUAAAGCCAUUUUUACUCUUGAACCCCAAAGAAUAUUUUCAGAAAAAUGUCCAGUGUGUCCAGAUGAGAUCUAACUUUACUCAUCAGUGCAUACACAAUUUCCAUACAUUUAUUUCCCGUAAAUGAUAUAUUAUCGUCUGAAUUUUUCUGCUUUCUUUAACAUGGUGGAACAAUAGAUGGUUCUCAUAUUCUCGUAAUGGGAAGAACUUUUUUGGCCUUUUUAAUAUAGCUAGCAUAUACUAGGAAUUAAGCAAGAGCAUAGACUGUAUAUAGCUGGACAGAGCAUCAUCUCUUAAAAGUGAAGCCACCACAGGUCGGGCGCCCCCUGCUGUUCGGCUGCAGAAAGCUGUGUAACUCCACCCAUCCCCAUAGGUUUCAAUGGCAAAACAGACAACUCUCAAUCACAUUUUUUUCUAAUAUACUGUAAUUCUACCUCCUUUAUUUAAAUGCAACAGCUAGUGUAACCUCUGCUUAUAUUGUCAAAUUUUUAUAUCCCCACAGAAUUCGGUUUUUAAAACUUUAUUCGGCUCUAUUCAGAAAAGGUGUGGUUAUGGUAAAAGGGCUGCUUAUGGGCGGGACCAAUAACAGACCGUCAGCUCCGCUCCGCCCCACUCUGCAGUCUGUGACCGCGAGGCAGCCCUCAGGGGCGGGGUUAUUUAAAUGAGUAGGCGGUCUCUCCACAGCCUUUCUCCCUCCUCUGGUCUCUACUGCGCAGACUCUGGUCUCUGAAUCGCCAAAAUGGCAGAAGAUUUUGGCUUCAUUUUCAUUGAAUGAAGGGGAACGGCGACACGGCGUCCAUCUUUAUAUACAGUCUAUGAGCAAGAGUAAGAAAUAGCAUAUACCAGGAAAUAAGCAAGACACAGACCUGGAUAAACAGUUAUCCUCAAAAGCACAGCUGUGGCACCUAAACUACUGUAGUAAAGCAGUGAAUGUGCCACAGUCAGUGGUCUGGCCAAACCAAAGCCUGCAGGGUUUAUUGGCAUUUCUUUCCCUCACGGACAGAUGUUCCACUUCCUGUGGGUUUGCACUAGUGUUCUAGUAUUGUGUCCCAAAAUUCCAUAAAACCCCUCCCUGUUCCACCACCACUGCUUCAAAGGGUCCAGCCUGGUUUAGCCCAUUAUGGUCUCCUAACUGCCACCUACACUUAUACGUUUUAGUCAACAGUCAGAGGCCUUUCCACUUCUCCUUUCUUUUGUCUUCUCUAUAUAUAAUCUAAUAAUCAGCUGAUACUGAUGUCCUGCUGAUUUAUCACAGAUUUAUAUAAAAACUGCCAUGUUUUAUAUUUCUAUGAACAGACAAAUCUUAUAUGUAAGGAGACAAGAAUCAAGGAACAGUACCUGUCAAAUAAAGUGACCAAAACAUUCUAUUAUUUACUAUAUUUUAUAUACUUUUGGGAUCCGCCGGUCACGUUCAUUAACACAAAACACAUCUUUUAAGGUUUUAGACAUGUUUAGAGGGAUUUAUUAGCUUAUCAGAUGAUUGUUAGAACUGUGACACUCGGCUAGACUUGGAUGUCUAAGGGACAUUAUGGUGUUAGUGUGACGCGGGCCAGACGAGACCUAGACAUGCACAGGUACUUAAUGUAAAAUUUAUUCACAAAAAGGUAAAAAUUACAAGAGUUACCUGGGACAGGCAUGGUAAAUAGAGCCGCAGUAAACAACUUACCAGAGAAAACAGGCAAGAGGUCAUACACAGGAGGUCCAAAACAGAGCAAGAGGGCAAGGUAAAGAAACAGACAAUAAACAAAGCAGAUUCUACACACCAAGUGAAGCUAAUAAAACAAGGGGCUAGGCUAAAGAGAGGUCAAAACGGAAAAACAGGUCGGCAACAAUAGAAACAUAGGGUAGAAGAGCUAUGAACAUAGGUUCAAUACUUAACAACAAGUAACAGAAACAGAGGGGUAUUUAUACAAGGGGAAACAGGAAUUGGCAAUUGGAACAGUCACGGGAUCCGGAGGGUAGAGCACAGGUGCACACUGGGAAAUGUAGUCUUUAGAGCUAGAGUCCAGGACAGGCAGACAGUCAGCGACAGGACUGACAGUUAGAAUUUUAUUCUGAUGUGUGACUUGGCCCACAACAAAAUUGAGUAUGUAUAAACCAUAGUAUCCAUAAUUUAUAAAAUUCUAAAUAAACAGACUAAUCAACGAAUUGUGCAGGACCUCUUCUAGUCAAUUUACUGCCGUGGAAUAAAAAAGCAAUUUUUGAGCUAACAGAAAACGUCCCAGUUAGGUUAGCCCUUAGCAUUACAGGAAUAAUGUUCCAGAAGCGUUACAAAAAAAGGGACAUAUUAAUGGUUGGUUAUUAAACAACGUUUGUAAUGUUGGUUACAACGUUAUUAGAACAUUCCCAGCUAGGGGAAUACUAACAUCAUGGAAACGUUAAAAGUAACAUUCCCAAAACUAAAAUUUAAAACACUGACACAAGUGACGGUACAGUGAUGUUACCAAAAUAUUAGAAAAAAAAAUGUUAUAAAAGUAUUAAUUAUAAUGAUCACAAAACGUUCUACUAACCAAAAAUUGUUAGCUGGGAAGCUACACACAAGUACGAUCAGGCUUUUAUAAAAGUGUGUAUUUUCAAAGAGAUAAAAUGUCUCAUUAACUACUGAUUUAUGAACCUCUUUCACUAUGGGGCCGUGGUCGGGUCACCUGGGAGAGCCCUGGCGGCUGAUGGCAAGCUGUAUUACUGAGAUUCGAACUGAUCAUAGUGGCAGUGCUUAGCCUGCUGGACCACUCGGAGUCCCAUUCUGUUGCUUCAUUUGAAUUCAAAAACAUCACAGACAUGCGGCAAUUGGAAAGAUUCGGCACGUUAGAAUGCGUUUAUGAAGAGUGCUAGUGGACUCAUUUGUUGAUGCAUUUGUUGCUGUAGUAAGUCGGCAUUAAACAGCACUUACCAAAAAAAAAAAUUGCUAUGGAGGUAACCUCUAGUCAAUUUUUGUAAAUAACUAGUUGACUAGUUCAAAUUCCUAAUCAUACAACCACUAAUUCACAGUCUAAAAUUUAUUUGCAAUAAUCUCCAAUGGCUUUAUCAGUCACUACUGAUGCAGUUUCCUAGAAGCAUUGCAAAUAAAAAUAUCAUUAUUUAAUUUUUAACAAUUUUUAACUUCAUAAAUCAAUAUAUAUUUUUCCAUAUUGGUCAGGCCCUCCCCUCUCCUUUCUUCUCAUCUCCUCCAUUCCCUCCAUGUUCGUCAUUCACCUCCCCCUUCCUCAUGCCUGUUCAUUGUUCUCUGUCUCUCUUGGUCCCCUGUUGCUGUAUGCAGUACUGGAGGCGUGCCAUGGGUAUGCGCCCCAAAAAGCAGGUAAGAAUCAGGUGGGCUCCCGAAUGCGGAGAACCACCCCUGCUGCGCAAUGUGAAGGAAGAGGAAGAGGAGGAGGAGGAGGAGGAGGAGGGAGAAGAUGAUGAGGAGGAUGAUGAAAGUGAUAAGGAAGAAGAAGGUCAGGAAUGGACUCUAAAAGUCAGCAUUUCUGUGGGAGCGGAGGAGAAGAGUGUGAUGAAUACAUACCGCUUGCUGUCCAGGCCACUGAGACAGCUGCGUAUCUCUGUCCUCCUCAGCAGUCUUCUGCUGAUGCUCCUCACGGUGUGGUGGCUCAUCUUUCUCUGAUCCAGAAGUGAAGAAGAGAAAGAGAGAGCGUGGGGAAGUGCUGGGAGUUUCUGUUUACUGCUGUAGCAUUCUGGCAUUCUGGAUUGAUUCUGCGAAUUCUGUUGCAAAAGAGACGUUAUCAAUGAAGAAUGACUCAGGUCUCAUAAGGAGAUCUCAUAGUGCUCAUUAUGGCAUCUGUUUACAGAUGAUGUCCCGCCCUUCAGCAACAAGAGCCAAUCAGCCUGCAGCUUAUGUUGAGCGCAAAGUAAAGUAAAUUUCUGCUCUUCUUUUUUAUGGAUUAUUGAGCCAAACUCAACAAACAGUUUUUGAGGUUUUUAAUCGGAUUUUAUCAGUGAAUUAAAAUAUAUUAUGUCAUGGAUACAGAAACUUGACCUUCAGUUUUCAGUAUUUUGGUUUCUCUCCAUUCUAAGAGAUGGGAGACUUGUCUCAUAUGACUGGAGAUACCUGCCUGAAGAUAUUGCAAAGAUAGCCACCGAGGGACAGACUUGCCUAUAAAGACUGUUUUAUUUUUCAAGUUUUUGUCUCUGGAUGACUCGGAUGAUCAAGCUAGACUCGUUGAACAGAGUUGAUCAGGAGAGGGGCGUUUGUGACUAAAGACUACUUUCAAAGGACAUCAUGACACUUUUAAAGACUGCUUCUUUGCCAGUGCUACUACAAACUGUUUUUUCCAUUUUUUGUGUGCCCUAAAUAUGGUUUAAUUUGGCAACAACUCUAGGCCAUAUUGGUUUUUCAUUUGCAUCUGUUUAAGGGUGUUUUCUCACCUAAAAGUCCAGACCAGAGUCUGUAUCAUGGUUGAUGUGCUAUAUUGUAUACAUUUGGUCCAGUUUGUUUUGGUUUGACACUGCAGUUUGGUGAGCAGCUGUGUUUAAUUGGAUAGGAAAAUAUUUUCAGUUGGACAAGUUUUCUUUCCAGGUGUUCCAAAUAUUUCCCCCUGAGCGAAUCCAACCCCCUUCAUGUGCAUUGGUGUCACGCACAGUAGAAGAUCUAGGAUUUUUCUGAGCAAGGGGCCAAGUAUUAUCUCAGCAGUCACACCAUGUUUAAACACUUUGUGUACAAAAUCGUAAACAGUAAAAUCAAUGGAGCCAAAAGUUUUACACAAAAAAUAAAAUCUGCACUGAAAAAUUUAAGAAUCAAAAAGAAACAAGUGUAGAUUACAUAUUAAAACAAAAACAAAUGUACGUGAUUACAUUAUUAUUCUUUACAGUUAUCGUAUUUUACAGACUAUAAGGCGCACUAGAUAAUAAAAUGCAUUUUAAGCAACAGUAAGGAACAAUGGUGUCACCAUGUUUCCCUCCUAAUUCAAGUAAACAAAACUGUACUUAAAAAUAAUCAUAAUAUGAGCGCUGGAUGUUAAUCUACACAGAUUUCUCUCCUGAACACUUCUGUUUUUUAACAGUAAGCUUAGAUUUCCAGUAUCUUAGCGCUUGCUGUGGUUAGCAGCAGUGUUAACCGCGGUAAGCAGUGCUUAGGGCUAAUAAAUGCCGGCCAACAGAGCUACACUGAGAAACCCUGAGUGCUCCGGUAACCCAGGACGCUAGCGGUUCGUCCCACGUAGCUUGUUUUAACACGGUAAACACGCAGUCUACAGUCUGAUAUACUCACCUCUGAAUGGCAAAAGAGCUAGCGCUGUGGUUAGCGGCUAAUGCUAAUACUGCUCCAGAGAUGCUAAAGAGAAACUCCUUUAUAACGCUGGCUUCACUGCUCCUUACAACCUGACUCGUAUAAUUCAUACAUAAGGUGCACCGAAUUAUUACUGUCGAUUUUUGGGAAAAUUAAAGGGUUUUAAGUGCACCUUAUAGUGCAAAAUAUACAAAAAUUAUUUGAGCAUGGAUCUUUGCUGUCUUUAAUGUUUGUGUAAAUUUUGUGGAUUGAUUGCAGAUUUUUAUAUUUUUGUGUAAAACCUUUGGUAGAAAAUUAUCUCCAUAAAAAUCUCCUUACCAGUUUUAAUUGCAUUUUACUAAAUAUAGACAAAAAUGAGUGACUGGACAGGGGCACUUUAGGGAGGCCAUCAGAUUUUAGCUGGGGCCAUUGCUCCUGUGGCCCCGCCCAUAGAACCACCAGUGGUCACGCAGCAGAAUGAGUGUAAUAAGUUAUCUUUGGAUUAAUUUGAUUUGUUUUUAAAUAAGGAUUAAUCUAAAGUUACAGAGAAUACAAUCCACUUGCACCCAUACUGCUUUUUGACGAGCAUGUGCAUGAGAAGGGGAGUUUGAUUUCAGUACAACACUGGUCUCUUUCUCUUCUUCUGUUGUUUAGUUGGUAACUUUAAUCUCUUUAAAACUUUAAACUUUAGUCUCAUCUUCCAGUAAUUGGUCCUGUAAUUAAAUUCUAAACCAUUUAAAAAAUGUUCAGCUGAUUCAAACCAAACUAAAAAGUCUGAAGGUCCAGACCAUUUUAGGUCUGUAUAAAAAUGCCCUCAGUCUGCAUUAAUCAACCCUAGUUAGCAGCUAGACCGUAAUGGUGCUAGAUAUUUUUCAGUAGAAGUCUGUUCCACUGACCUCUGUGUGUUUCUCUGUUUGUUUCUGGACACCAGGACAACCUCUCAGAAGCUGCAGCACUACACACACAGCUUCCAUAAAUCUUUAGUCUAAUGCCAGCAUAUUGGCCAAGCUAGGGACAUAUCUGUACUGAAGCCAGGUUCAUGCAUUCUAGAGCAUGUUUAUAUUCUGUUAGUCCAGAGCAGGACAGCAUAUCAGGUGGUGUUUGAAACAGAACAAUGCUCCACUUUCGGUGAUUUAUGGAAUUCUCCCUUUCUGUUCCCAAGAACUCUUUCUUCUGGCAUUAACUGGAAUUCUGCAUUGUUGCAGUAGGGCAUUGUGUACUUUAGCAAGUCCACGGACUUACCGUGGUGAAGCUAAUGACAAAGUCUUCCAUCUAAGCACUGAGCUACCACUGAUGGUACGCUGUAGCCUUUGCUAAAUUAAAUUUUCAUUUGCGUGAGGUAACAAUCAGCAGCCAGUCUCCUUAAAGAAGAGGCAACAAAAUGAAAAGGUGCAGGGAAGCUCAUGAACGAUUAGUGGCCUUUAAUGAGGGGCAGUUCGAACUCUCAGUUUGAACCAAUGACUGCAUAGAGCAUGGACGUUGUGGUUUCAUUCCCUUCCACUGUGUUGAAAUGUCUGCCUGUUGCUGAAUCUGCCCAAUUCUGUGACUUUUUUAUGCUGUUUUUUUUUUUUUUUAAUCACAAUAUAGCAAAGUAACAAAAUCACACAAGUUGUGACAAAUGUUAUAAUCACACAGCUCUGGCCUGCACUGUGCACAAAUAUCAGCUCCUGAAAGCCGCACCUUUCUGCGUAAUGAAAAUUAAAAGCUUCACACGCCAGUCAGUCACUGCACACCUCAGAAUUUCCCAUACGCAGGCAUCUUACGUAUGCACAACAAGUGAGCAUAAACAUGUCUUUUUGAAUAGGGAAUGCGCAACCACAACUCAAAUUUGUAGUUAAAAUGUUCAGUUGUUGGGGGCUCCGAGUGGUCCAGCAGUGCCACUAUGAUCAGUAGAUCCCUGGUUCAAAUCCCUAUCAUGCAGCUUGCCAUCAGCUGCCAGAGCCCUGAGAGAGCACAAUUGGCCUUGCUCUCUCUGGGUGGGUAGGUGCUGUUCAUUACCUCAUCACUCCUAGGGUGAUGUUGAUCAGCACAAGGCAUCUGUGAGCUGAUGUAUCAGAACCGCAUCAGGUCGAAAAGAGGCGGUGGCUGACUUCACAUGUAUCGGAGGAGGCAUGUACUAGUCUUCACCCUCCUCCUGGUGUUGUGGCACCACUGGGUGGGGUGGAGGAUAAGCCGCUGACUAGCAGUUGAAUGGGUGGGACAAUUGGCCUUGCUAAAUUGGGAGAAAAUGGGAGGAAAUGUAACUUAUGUAACAAUGUAAUUUAACUUACUAAAAAAAUAGACCAACUUACUUAAAUCGGGCUCUGGCUGAACAUUUGUGAUGGUGUUAAAUUAACAUUGAAAGUGUCAAAAAAGAAUUCUUGAGUGUGAAUUUAUUACUAUCAUUGUUGAUUUAACACCGGCAAGUGCUAGCUGGGGUUAGGAGCAGACUAAAGGCCGAUAAUACUCACCUCUGAAUGGGGAAAUAACGGUUAGCAGCUAAUUAUAAUGCUACUCCAGCCCCAGUGCUAAAGAACGUACGCUGUGCUUCAGCGGUGUUGCUUUACUGCUCUUUACAACCUGACUGGUAAAAUUCAUACAUAAGAUGCACCAGAUUAUAAAAAUUCACUGACGAUUUUGGGGAAAAUUAAAGAAAUUUAAGUGUGCCUUACUGUGGAAAAUCACGACAAUCUGAUUUAGAAAAAAAUUAAAGACCAUUUAGAGGGGAAUAAAGGAAAGCAGGAAUGGGCAGAGCCACACAUCAUACUGCAACCAGCCAGCAGAGACGCAAGACCUGUGGCGGCUUCAAUUUUAAAAGACAUUAUGCUCUCUAUGCUUCUAUGUAGUCAUUGGUUUGAACUAUCUGAAAUCUGCUUAUUGGGAAGGACACUCUUAGACACAGAUCCAGGUGUUUUAUAAGUUUUAUAUAUCCAGUAAAUAGGGUGUCUUUGUUCAGUUAAUUAAGAUAUAUAUUAGUUAAUAAUCAGUUAUUUCAACUUUAAUAGUAUUAAUAGUUCAUAUUGAAAAUUGUCUUUAGUUACAUGCAUGCAAGGUUAACAGAACCUAAAAAAGACCCAAUUCCCCAAUUACAUGAUCUAUAUUGAUAUCUUGGUUUUAUUUUUCUCUGUUGUUGUACUUGUCUGGUAACUGAUUGGUCAAUUAGAGCUCAUCAUUAGAAGAGCAGAAUCAAAUUCACAGAUUUUUAAAUGUAAUAUUUAGUAUUCCUCUUGCUAAGACAGUACUGAUAAAUAUCUGCUCAAGUCUCUGUUCCCUGGACUAUAUGAUUGGAUGACUUAGAGGAUUCAAUGUACUGUAUUCACUGUGAAAAACACAUUUAAAAGAUAUAUUUUCUUUUUUGUA